CACAGAGCCACCUAUCAAAUGAGCGUCUACAAUGGGUUUAAAAUACCAACAAAACUUAUUUUCGUAACUUAAUCGUUUUAUUUGGCACUUUAGACAAACUUUUCGUGUCAUUGCGAGGACAGUGGUGUUUACGUGCGCAACGUUACGCUUUAGUUUUAACCAAUUGUGCGAGUAACAACCGAGAUUGCCUCAGCUGGUUUAGCAGCCAGUCGAACUCUCAGUGUGUCUUCAUUCAUCAAAACCUUACCAGCACAUUUCUGGACUUCUCCAACUUCUAUACGCUUUUGAUAUUCUGGACAGGACUGGGUCGCCACCCCUUGUCACAGCGCCAUGGCUGACAGCAGCAUAGUUACUUUAGGGCCGGGCCGCAGCCUGCUGGUGGACUCCUCCAUAUACGACUCCCGGAUGGCUGAGACCUCAAAGGAGCAAUUUUUCAUGGGUCUACAUGCAGACGAGACAGAGGAUGUAUUGCCCAGAGUUGAGACCAGGGUGGUGUUGGUGGGGGAGGCCGGCAACAUUGCAGAACUUGAGAAAGCUCUUCAGGAUAUAAACACCCCCUGUAUCAAGACUGACAAUGUCAGAGAUUUUGGUGACGGCGAGAACUGCGAGUUCGAGACCGUGUUUGUGUUGAAAGACUUCCAGGCUCCCGAAUACAGCUUCCUGUACAAGAAUGACAACCGUAUCCUGGGGCCUCCUGCCGUGAUGCACUGUGCCAUCAAGGGAGAGCCUCUGCCGUUCUCCUCCAGGCCUCUCUACUCAAUGACCAUGCUCAACUUGUCUCUCUGCUUCACCGGAUUCCGUAAAAAAGAUGAAGUGGUUACCCUGGUAAAUCUCGUCCAUCACAUGGGCGGCACCAUCCGAAAAGACUUUGACAGCGCUAAAGUCACACACCUCAUCGCCCGUUCAUCACAUGGUGAAAAGUACAGGUUGGCAGUGUGCAUGGGCACACCCAUCCUCACCCCUGAAUGGAUACACAAGGCAUGGGAGCACAGAGAUGACAUUAAUUUCCAUGCAGGCAACGAGGAGUUCCGCACCGAGUUUAAGGUCCCUCCGUUCCAGGACUGCGUCCUGAGCUUUCUGGGCUUCUCUGAAGAGGAGAAAACCAACAUGGAGGAGAGGACGCAGAAACACGGUGGACGGUUCCAGGCAGUGGGUGAUGCAAGGUGCACCCACUUGGUAGUUGAGGAGAACUCCAUUAAAGAACUGCCCUUUACUCCCUCCAAAAGGCUCUAUGUAGUGAAGCAGGAGUGGUUUUGGGGCAGUAUACAAAUGGACGCCCGUGCUGGGGAAAUCAUGUACUCUUACGAAAAGCCGGAGAGUCCUGUGAUGAAGAAGGCUGUCUCUCUGCUGUCUCUCACGACACCCAACAGUGGCAGGAAACGUCGCCGUCUUAGAGAAACAUUGGCUCAGCUCACCAAGGAGACAGAGAUUUCUCCCUUCCCACCGCGCAAGAGACCCUCAGCUGAGCACUCCCUCUCCAUGGGCUCCCUGCUGGACUUCUCCAACACACCUGACACCUGCAAAUCCAGUGGAGAGAAUGCCAAACCCCCCAAAAGCUCAACUCCCGCCCUUCCUAAGCAGUCAGCACGCUGGCAGGUCUCCAAGGAGCUCUACCAAACUGAGAGCAACUAUGUUGAUAUCCUGGCCACGGUCCUGCAGCUCUUCAAAUACCCCCUGGAGAAAGAGGGGCAGGUGGGCGGCCCUAUUCUAGCUCAGGAAGAGAUCAAGACCAUUUUUGGCAGUAUUCCAGACAUCUAUGACGUGCACACGAGAAUAAAGGCGGAUCUUGAGGAGUUGGUGAUGAACUGGUCUGAAGAGAGGAGCGUUGGAGACAUUAUCCUGAAAUAUUCUAGAGAUUUGGUGAAGGCCUACCCACCAUUUGUCAACUUCUUUGAGAUGAGCAAAGAGACCAUAGUCAGAUGUGAGAGACAGAAGCCGAGGUUUCAUGCGUUCCUGAAGAUUAAUCAGGCUAAACCCGAGUGUGGCCGUCAGACUCUUGUUGAACUUUUGAUUCGUCCUGUGCAGAGACUGCCAAGUGUUGCCCUCUUACUGAACGAUAUAAAGAAACAUACAUCAGAUGACAACCCAGAUAAAGUAACCCUGGAAAAGGCUAUCGAGUCUCUCAAGGAAGUGAUGACCCACAUAAAUGAGGAUAAAAGGAAAACAGAGGGACAGAAGCAGAUUUUUGAUGUUGUUUAUGAAGUGGACGGCUGCCCUAUUGCCAGGAAGAGACACAAGGUCAUAACCACUUUCCGGAGUCCAUUGGGUCAGACGCGGCCACCAGCCCAGCUCAAACACAUAGCCCUGAUGCCUCUGUCCCAGAUCAGAAGAGUCCUUGACAUCCAAGACACAGAAGAGUGUCAGAACGCCUUCGCCCUGGUGGUACGUCCUCCUACAGAACAGGAGAACCUGUUAUUCAGUUUCCAGCUGACGGCCGAAGACACCUUCAAAUCCACCUGGCUCAAAACACUCUGUCGUCAAGUGGCCAACACGAUUUGCCGAGCUGAUGCGGAAGAUCUCAUUCAGAGCACCGAUCCUGACUCCGUCCAAGUGAGCACAAAGGACAUGGACAGCACGCUCAGCCGAGCAUCCAGGGCCAUCAAAAAAACGUCAAAGAAGGUCACGAGAGCUUUUUCUUUCACUAAAACCCCCAAGCGUGUGCUUCAGAGGGCGUUUAUGGCCAACGGUACCCCAGAUGAGAGGAGUCCUGGCCCAGAUGCCGAUCACAUGGGCCGAAUGUCUAGCAGCUCCACACUGGCUGCUGUUCAUUCCCCAUCGAUGAUCAACCUGUCCUCCGCCUUCGAGAGGAAGUAUCAUACCUUCAGCCGAUCCACAACUCACCUGUUCUGAACUUUGCAUCCGGAGUUGUCAUUAAUUUCCACACUACUACCACGUCCGCCCGACGCCUCCAGCCCAAGACCCCCCACCUGGGUUUAAUUUGCAGCUCCAGAACCCACCAAAUGAAGUACAGCUUGUGUUGAUGUCAAUGUCUGGGCACAUUUAUAACUGACAUGUUCUGAUUUUUAUUAGAGGGGUAGAGUAUUUACACUGUUAUUAACCACUGAAAGUAUUUCUUAAUGUUUUGUAAGACAGGCCCUAAUCUAAACUAAUCUAGUUUUCAGCUUUUAUAAAGCUAUACACAUCUAGCUGUUGCAUUUAAGUGGAAAAUGCACUGGUUUAAAUGCGGCCUUACAUUUGUGCGUACUUUUAGAAGUGAUUUUUAUUGUUGAUUUAGGGGUAUUGAUUUCUAAAAGUCAAAAGAGUUGUUGCGGUCCGCCUGCCAUAUUUAUUCUCCAGAAUCACUUCUAUAAAUAGUUUAUGUAAAUCUUUCUUUCCGUCUCUAUUUAUGUGUAAAUAUUGUGAUUGUGUCAUACUAAUAAUAGUUUGUACCUUUUUGUAGUCUCUGCACUUAUGUCAACACGAAAAUGUAGUCAUGUUUCACGUUUGUCUGUAAAAGGGAAUCAUGUCUGCCUGCUGCAGAUUUGUUUGGAGUGGGUGGUUUUAGGUUAUUGUUUGACUACUUUUGAAGGUAACUUCAUUUAUUCUUUAUUAAUAAAAGAAGCAUAAAGCCUU